UCUUGACGUUCUCCCUUUUGAUUGAACGACCGGUCGGGCCCUCUAACUGGAUUGGCCGGCUCUCUUUUCAGCGCUCUGGGAAACAUGGCGAACGUGAGGAGCCUGAAGGGCCUGGUGGGCAUUGUCACCGGAGGAGCCUCGGGUCUCGGCCGGGCCACCGUGGAGCGAUUGGUGCGCCAGGGAGCCAGCGCCGUCAUCUUGGAUUUGCCGACUUCGGACGGCAGCAACGUGGCCAAGUCCAUCGGGGAGAAGUGUGCCUUCGCUCCCACUGAUGUGACCUCGGAGUCGGAUGUAAACAAUGCGCUGGAACUGGCGCGCUCCAAGUUCGGUGGGGUGAAUAUCGCGGUGAACUGCGCUGGGAUCGCCGUGGCUAUCAAAACCUUCAACAAGAGCAAACUGAGGCCACACAGCCUGGAAGAGUUCCAGAAAGUCAUAAAUGUGAACAUCGCGGGUACAUUCAAUGUCAUUCGCCUGACAACAGGAGAGAUGAUGAAGAACGAGCCGGAUAAAGACGGACAUCGGGGGGUUAUAGUCAACACUGCCAGCAUCGCCGCCUAUGAUGGACAGGUCGGACAAGCGGCGUACGCGGCCUCCAAAGGAGGGAUUGUAGCGAUGACACUGCCCAUCGCUCGGGAUCUGGCUCCGCUCGGAAUCAGAGUCGUCACUAUUGCUCCCGGCUUGUUUGCGACCCCGCUUCUGAUGGGCCUCCCUGAGAAGGCGAGGGAGUUCCUGGCCAAGCAGGUCCCCUUCCCCAGCAGACUGGGCGAUCCUGACGAGUACGCCCACCUGGUCCAAUCUAUCGUGGAGAACCCCAUGCUAAACGGAGAGGUGAUCCGUCUGGACGGGGCCCUUCGAAUGCAGCCUUAACGCCGAUGAGGCCCUGCGGGAGAUCGCAGCACCCUCCGUCCUUCGCCUGACGGCGUCAACUCCAGGAGCAGCCGUAGGAUGUCCUCUGUGAGGGUCCAGGUGCCACCGAUUGUAUCCAGAAUCUAAUCACUGAAUGUUAAACAGCCACCUUAUGUGGGGAAGAAGUGCCAUACGCCGUGAUUGUUACCAAGGAUCGUUCGAUGACGCGGUUUGCAGGUUAUAAUAAUUAUUUAGUGUAAAAAAUAAAUAAAUUUUGGUUUAUUUAAA